AUGACCAAGCGUCUCCAACCACCCCGGUCGCCCACCAGAACGCUCGCCUCUGUCCUCCUCGCCUCAUUCCUCCUCGGCCUCAUCUCCUCCGCUCUCGCUUCCCCUCUACCCCCAUACUACCCCUCAGGAGGCUCUCUCACCGAAGUCCCUCAGAACGUAGGGAAUCGUCGCGCACUUCUCUGGCUGGAGAAACGCGCCCCACCAGUCAUACUCGCCGGCGCGACUCCAGCAGCAGGAGAAACCCCCUCAGAAGGCGGAGGAGGAGGCUCUACCGCCACCACCUCCGCAGACACACCAGCUGAAACAACUACAACAACCGCACCACCAGUCGAGACCACCCCUCCUCCUACUACCACCACCAAGGAUCCUCCAGUUAUCACGACGACAACCACGUUAAGCGCAACCACCACCGAUCCUCCCGUUGUCACUACCACAUCCUCCCCCUCGACUACAACCACUUCCGACGAUGAUACCGCCACCACAACCACCUCGCAUUCAAAGCAGUCCCAUCCAACAACGGGCGGCGGCGGUGGGAAGCCAGGCGCCGGAUCCACAGGCCCUACAGGAGUGUCCACCACCACCACUUCGACGUUAACACCGACUACUACACCCGUCAACCCGGAAGAGUCAUCCAAGCCUUCCAUCCUCCCAAUUGUUCUCGGCUCGGUCCUUGGUGUAGGAGCGUUGAUUGGAGCAGGUAUCUUCUUCUUUAUCCGUUUCAGGAAACACAGGCGGUUCGAUUCCAAGAGACCCCUCAGUUUCCUCGCUUUGUCUGUCGAUGACCACACAACCGGAACUGAAAGUGCUUCGGCUAGAGCCCUCGGAACGGACGCUCAUUAUGAUUCCAAUCGCCCGAUUACGUCGCAGCCAUCAUUGAGGUACACUCCUCCAGUGAUGUCUGGCAUUGACCGUUACAGCUACCAGUCUUCUGAGCACUCAGGAGCCACAGGAGGUCAGUUUGCACAAUGGAGUCAGGAUGAUGAGAAUGCAGCGUUGGUUGGAGGACCCUCAAGGCAACAACAGCUGAUGGUGGGAGAGCAAGGAGAGGAUGGAUACCCUGCGCGCCCAGGAGCGUUCUCGCACGAGCACGAUCUGAUGGCAGAUUCAGACCAAGCGUUUGUUGCAUCGUCGAUGAUGCCCAUUGCAGGAAACGAACUUCGGCAACCCCAAUACAGCCAGCAGCAGCAACAACAACAGCAGCCAGAGACCCUUGAAGUCCGAAAUGUGAGCCACCCUUCACAGACUUCGCCCGCUUUGUCUCAACGCGGUGUUCCACUUCAAGUGCUCAAUCCUGAGGCUGAGAUGGGUUCCCCAAGGUCGCGGCCAUUGAGUGUCCAUUCCGAAGCUGCGUCAGUUCUGUCGGUCAGGAAUCCAAGCGUCCGGUCGGACGGACGAUCUACUGGUGCUGAACAAGCAGGACAAUCAUCCAAGAAGGGUGGAGCAGGACAGGGCGACCUUCAAUUUUUGUAG